AGACUGUGCUGUCAAAUAAGCAAGAGAAAAACAAAAGAGCAGGUCUUAUUUCAUCGUCCAACUCGGAUUUAAUUUCUUCAGAGGUUCUCGCACGUCGCUGUGCAUGUGUUCCAGAAUGAAACGGGAUUUCUUGUUGUGCCUGUUUUUUCUUUUCAGAGCAACAAGAUGCGAUUUGUUUCCAUCGAACGAUCAUUCACGUCAACCAAUCGUUACAAUACCAACACUAGGUAAGGUACGUGGGACAGAAAUGACUUCAGAGACUGGGCGGUUAUUUUACGCUUUUCGCGGUAUUCCAUACGCAAAGCCACCACUUGGAGAACUUCGCUUUAGCGAUCCCUUACCUACUGAGCCAUGGUUAGACCAGAUUCUUGAUGCCACCCGGGAAGGCCCUACGUGUAUACAAUAUAAUACGUUUCUUAGAUUUAUCCUGGGUGUGGAGGAUUGCCUUAAACUCAACAUAUACACUCACGAUUUGGAUAUUAUGAAGAGUACGCGAGCAGUGAUGGUUUGGAUUCAUGGUGGAUCUUGGUUUAUGAAUAGCGGUAACGGCGGCUUUACUGACAUAUACGGACCUCGUUAUUUUCUUGAUCGCGAUAUCGUCCUCGUGACUAUUAAUUAUCGACUUGGGCCUCUAGGUUUUCUAAGUACCGAAGAUGCUGAAGCUCCGGGAAAUUACGGGCUAUUGGACCAAUCAAUGGCGUUAAGGUGGGUGAAUGAAAACAUCCGGUUUUUCGGCGGCAACCCAGAUUUAGUGACAAUAUUCGGCGAAAGCUCUGGAGGUGCCAGUGUUCACCAUCAUCUCUUCGCACCUCAUUCUAAAGGAUUAUUUCAUCGAGCGAUCGCACAAUCGGGCUCAGCACUCAACCCUUGGUCAAUAGAAAAAUCUAUUGGAACCUACACUAAGAUGUUGGCGAAAGAUUUGGAUUGCCAAUCUUCAAACUCUAGCGAGCUACUGACAUGCCUACGUAGCAAACCUGCCAGGGCAUUGGCUAUUUUCCGAAAAAAAAUUGAGGUUUUGAGGAUUGUUCCCAUCGCAUUUGGACCUCGCAUCGAUCGUGAGAGAAAAUUGCCGUUUAUCUCAGACGAUCCACGAAGACUCAUCGAACAAAAUCAAAUAAAUUCGGUGCCUUUAAUUACAGGAGUAAACGAAAACGAGGGAGCUUUUGUCGUAGCUCUGCUUCUUGCCAAUAAUGGUUCUCUGAUGCAAAACUUCACUGAAGAUCCUCUCAGGUAUUUACGCUACAUCGCAGGUGUUGAAUUUACAGAGGAUAGUGACAAGAUUGUGAAUCGAAUAAUCGACCGCUAUUUCGUCAGGAACGUGACUUUUCAAAACCAAUUAACUCAAUUAGAGCAGAUGAUUUCCGACAGCGCCUUUUUUAAAGGAAUAGAUGAUUCAGUCCAUUUACUCACCAAAUUUAGCGAUCAACCUAUCUAUUAUUAUCUCUACGGUCACAAAGGUCAAUUAUCGCUGCCUUCACUUCUAGGAUUACCUUCUACCUUCAAUUUCGGUGCUGGUCAUACGGACGAACUCUACUUAAUGUUCACCAACGAUUUCCUUCCACGCAUGAAUGCCACGGAUGAUUUCAAAAUAUCAAAGAUUCUGCUCGAUUUGUGGUCUACAUUCGCGCAAGACGGCGUACCCCAAAGUGACCUUGUUAUCGGUGGAUGGACGCCUAUGGAAAAAGGAGAGACACGGUACCUCAGAAUCGAUGCCGAAAAUCCGUCCAUGGUGAAUCAGUCGAUGCCAUUUCACGAACGCUUGACUUUUUGGAAUGGUGAACUUCAUUCUCCAAAUACGCCGUGAAAAUAUUGGUUAAACGCUUUUCAGUCUAACGAUUAAUAUUCUUGCACAGCAAUUCUAAACAGGCAAAAAGAAAAUUCUAGCAAGGUGACAGGGCUUUUAACGGAUACAUGAUUUAUACUUUCCGCUUCCUUAGUAUACAGUGUCAAAGAUUCGUAAAACUUUGCUAUCCAUAUGCGGAAUAAAUUACCCGGUGGCUUUCACA